UCCUCCUCUCGGCGCUCGCUCUGCGCAUAGGCGGGGGGGGGGGGGGUGAAGUCGAGUUCGUAGCGGGGCGGCCUGGUUGGGCCUUUGGUGCGGGGAAGAAAGGGAAGAUGAGGCCGGGCUCGGGCUUUGGACUGGGGGCGCCCGUGCCGCCGCCUCUGGCGGUGCUGCUGCUUCUCCUCUUCCAGGAGGCGGCUGGAGAGCCCUGCGCCAACGCCUCGCCCUGCUCUUGCCGGCGAGGGCUGUUGGAUUGUAGCCGUCUCGGUCUGUCGGGCCGGAGCCUGGAACCGGGCCUGCUUUCUUCCUUGCCUCUCGGCACUACCGCGUUAGACUUGAGUCAUAACCAUUUGUUAUCCUCUAACUGGAGCAUUGGUUCAUCAUCUCAAGGACUACAAGAAGUGAAGAUGAAUUACAACGAGCUAACUGACAUUCCUUUCUUUGGUGAAUUGACUUCCAACAUCACACUUCUCUCACUAGUACAUAACAGAGUUCCAGAGAUAAUCCCUGAACAGCUUCAGCUUUAUGUUUCCUUGGAUAACCUUGACCUCAGCUCUAACUUAAUAUCGGAAAUCAAAGCCUCUUCAUUCCCACGAAUGCAGCUCAAGUAUCUGAACCUGAGCAACAAUAGAAUAACAACUUUGGAAGCUGGCUGCUUUGAUAAUAUAUCCAGCUCACUCAUCAUCAUAAAACUGAACAGAAAUCGAAUCAGCGUGAUUCCAUCAAAGACUUUCAGGCUGCCUCAUGUGCAACUCUUGGAACUCAAAAGAAACCGUAUUAAAGUAAUCGAGAGUCUUACGUUCCAAGGCUUGGACUCCUUAAAGUCAUUAAAAAUGCAGCGCAAUGGGAUUAGCAGGUUGAUGGAUGGUGCUUUAUUUGGAUUGGAUAAUAUGGAAGAACUAGAUCUGGAGCACAAUAACCUGACUGAAGUAAACAAGGGUUGGCUGUAUGGUUUGAGAACAUUACAACAGCUCUAUGUCAGCCAGAAUGCCAUUAACAAGAUAAGUCCAGAUGCAUGGGAGUUCUGCCAAAGGCUUUCUGAAUUAGAUCUCUCUUAUAACCAACUGACCCGCCUGGAUGAAUCUGCUUUCAUUGGAGUAAAUUUAUUGGAGAGGUUAAAUUUGAGUGACAACAGAGUCAGUCACAUCGCAGAUGGUGUUUUUAAGGGACUCUCAAAUCUGCAAACUUUAGAUCUGCGAAAUAAUGAGAUCUCCUGGGCCAUAGAAGACUCAAAUGAAGCAUUUGUAGGACUUGACAGCCUCAAUAAAUUAAUUCUGCAAGGGAACCAGAUUAAGACCAUCACAAAAAAAGCAUUUGCUGGUCUUCAAGCUCUUCAAUAUCUAGAUUUGAACAACAAUGCAAUAAUGUCUAUUCAAGAACAUGCCUUUGACCAGCCUCUUCUUAAACAGCUGGUAUUGAACACCAGCAGCUUACUUUGUGACUGCCAGCUGAAGUGGCUGGUCCCAUGGCUGACCCAACACCACUUCCAGGAUGCUGUCAAUGUGGCUUGUGCUCACCCAGCAUGGCUUGCUGGACAGAACAUGCUCAGCGUGGACCUUGAAGACUUAGUUUGUGAUGACUUUCCCAAGCCACAGAUCAAAGUGCAUCCUGAGAGUACCAUUGCACUUAGAGGCACCAAUGUUACCCUGACUUGCAAGGCAGUGAGCAGCAGUGAUUCACCCAUAUCUACCACCUGGAGGAAGGACAGUGAAAUUCUGUAUGAUGCAGACAUACAGAAUUUCGCCAGGUACCAGCAGCAAGAUGGAGAAGUUCUGGAGUACACUACUGUCCUGCAUGUUUUCAAUGUGAACUUCACUGAUGAAGGACAAUACCAGUGCAUCAUUUCUAACCACUUUGGUUCCAACUAUUCCAACAAGGCCAAGCUGACUGUCAAUGAGCUGCCUUCUUUUGUGAAGACACCUAUGGAUCUAACUAUCCGAACUCGAGCCAUGGCUAAAUUGGAGUGUGCUGCAGAAGGCCACCCCCCGCCUCAGAUUUCUUGGCAGAAGGAUGGAGGCACAGACUUCCCUGCUGCUCGUGAAAGGCGCAUGCAUGUGAUGCCGGAAGAUGAUGUCUUUUUCAUCGCAAAUGUGAAGAUUGAAGACAUGGGGAUCUACAGCUGCAUGGCCCAAAAUGUGGCAGGAGGUCUAUCAGCAAACGCAACCUUGACUGUGUUAGAAACACCUUCAUUUGUCAGACCUCUGGAGGACAGGACUGUGGCCCGAGGAGAAACAGCUGUGUUGCAGUGCAUUGCUGGUGGCAGUCCCGCCCCUCGCGUAAACUGGACCAAAGAUGACGGGCCUCUAACUGUAACAGAGCGGCAUUUCUUUGCUGCUGCCAACCAGCUGCUCAUCAUUGUAGAUGCUGGCUUAGAGGAUGCUGGGAAAUAUACCUGUAUCAUAUCCAAUACACUUGGUACAGAACGUGGUCACAUCUACCUGCAUGUCAUAUCCCCACCAAACUGUGACUCUACCCAGAAUGGUACUGGGAUUGAAGAUGAUGGCUGGACAACAGUUGGCAUUGUGAUUAUCGUUGUGGUUUGCUGUGUUGUGGGCACCUCUCUAGUAUGGGUUAUUGUUAUCUACCAUAUGAGGAGGAAGAGUGAAGACUACAGCAUAACUAGCACAGAGGAGGUAAAUUUGCCUGCUGAUAUUCCUAGUUACUUAUCCUCCCAGGGGACUCUGUCCGAGCCACAGGAAGGCUACAGCAAUUCUGAGGCAGGAAGCAAUCAGCAGCUGAUGCCUCCUGCGAGUGGUUAUGCUCACAAAGGCACAGAGGGAGGCACAGGGCCGUUGGUGAUCUGUUCAGAUUGCUAUGACAAUGCCAAUAUCUACUCCAGAACAAGAGAGUAUUGUCCUUAUGCAUACAUCACUGAUGAAGACCCACUUGAUCAAACACUAUCCAGUCUUAUGGUGCAGAUGUCCAAAGAACCUUACUCAGUGUGCGCACAGCAUGAAGCCCCUGCUAUGGACAGUAUCUCAGCUGACAGAGACAUGUCAGUCUUUCUUACCAAUCAUGACAGAAUGCAUGAAAGGAAGCCCUGCUCCCAACCCUGUAACACUGAUCCUUUUCAGCUGCCUUUAUGGGGCAUCAAUAAAGAUCUUGGGAUGCCACAUCCUCAUUUCUCACCUCAGCCCAAGACCCACGAUGUGCCUCAAGUUCUGCAAAAUGAGGGCAUCUCAGAGAAUGACCUUGAGCAGGUGAUUUCCCCCCAACCUCACCACAGGCUCCAUGAACAUAACUUUGAUUUUAACAGGACUCGGAACAUACAGGAAUAUCAUGAAACAACAUAAAUGGCAUCCAAGCAGGAAGCCUUAGCAGCAAGUUUGAAGCAGUUGACAAUGUCUUCACUACCUCAGGAUUCGCCUCAUGGCCAAAGAUGCUCCAUGCUUGCAGCAGAGUCUGAGCGGACCAGCCCAGUGACUAGUGCCCUGAGCAAAGAGUCUAAUGACAGAAAUCCUUUCUUCUAUAAGGCUCAGCUGUCAUGGUUCUGAAUGUUGGACAGAAAAGAACAAAUAUUACUCUUAGCAAAGGAACUGCUGAUGCAAGGUACAUUUGUUGCAUGGGAACAGGCCCAUGAAAGCUUCAUGUUCUCUUUCCUGCUGAAGAAGCCAACUUUAAAGAGCCCCCUUGCAAAGUCCCCUAGUAAUCAUAAGCAUGAACCUUCGGGUCCUUCUGACCACUAACAGGAACUUGCCUCAGUGUGUACAGUCACAACUUUUACUUACCCUUUCUCUGGCUAAAGAGAAUGUAGCUGUAAAUAUGUUUCCAUAAUAUAAAUAUUUUGUAUACAGGCUGAAAUGUAAACUUUUUAUUAUGCCAAAAAGUACACAAUAUCCAAUUGUUCUGGCAUCUGCCAGCCACUCUGCAAGAGACUGGAAAGAAUUCAGCUUCCCAGGACUGAAGCCGUAAUAGCCAGUCCAUAUCAUCAUGUUUUUCAUACUGUGAUUACCAUUAUCACAAUAUCUCAAUCAGUAUUCUGUGUAGGUCUCUGCACAUUGUUAGCCAUGAGUAUGGACAGAAACUGUAAAUGGAAACAGGAGAUUGCACAUGAUGAAUUAUCAGCCCUUCAGGUCUAAGCAGGGUUGGGUGUAUGGCUCACUGGAGUUCUGAGGAUGUCAUUUUCUAAAUGUCCUGGUUGCAGGGUGACAGCACUGUUUUUGAGGCUCAAGCCUAUGGUUUGUAUUGUGGCUAUACUGGUCCAAACAUGCAUGUUCAUUACUUGUUGAAAUGAAGGUGUGUGUGUGUGAGCUAUCACAGGUUGACAGUUGCAGUUGCCUUAAACACAGAGCCUUUGAAUAGAGUCUGUUUUGCACGUACAACUCUGAAAAAUCAAGGAAUGAGUAAGUAUGCCUGAAAUGGUCCUAAGCAUUGAUAGGCUGAACAUCUGGGAUUAACCUUAGAGGAUCUCCUGAUCCUCCCAGGUGACGCAGCAGCAGCAGGAUGGAUUUUGUCACACUUCAUAACAUGCUGUUGUAUCCCAAAGUGAAAUGUCAGCCAUGGCACAAAAUCCUAACCAAGGUGAUUAUAUGGGGAAACUGCAGCAGAUAAAGGAAGACUAAUCUCAGGUUAAAGAAGAGAGGCAAGAUGUUGCUGAUGUGACAAUUCAUUGUUUUGGAUAGCAACAUAAAGACAUCUGAGAAGCUGUAAAUGUGACAUCACAGGCAAUUAUAUUAGCCAUUUGCUAUUUUCCAGAAAAAUGUGUGUAAACUGCCUUAUAUAUGCGUGUGUAUAUGCAAAUUUGCCGCAACCUGAGUUCUUUGUAGCGCAAAGGUUUUUCCACACAGUUCAGUACAGGUAUUAUCUGAAUUGUAUUGUUUUACACUAAAAUGAUGUGGACACAGAAGGACCUGCCAGGAAAUUUGUGAUCCCAGUCAUUUGGAAGAAUUUGCAUACAGUUGACUUAGUCAGGCUCGGCUAAUUGUAGUGGGAACUUUCUUUUUAGACUUGGGUGUUCUCUUGUGGCUGUAUGUGUCCUGUUACAUGAAGCAGAAAGUUCUGGCUGGAAACAAUGGUACUUUUUUUUACCUAUGAAUGCUCAAUUUCCCAGCGGACUUGUCCCAGUUACUCUGAGCAGCCAAGCCGGUACCAAAGCUAUACAAAUGACAACUCCUUUUGUGAUUCCCCAUUGCCUUGGGGAAGGGGGGAGCAGUGGAAAAUGCCAGCCUGCAUGUUGCUUAGUCCUGUUAGAUAUUGGAGCCGAAAGUCUUACAGGUUUCUUCCCCAUUUCGCGCAGAGGCCUUCAGGAGUAUCUGAAAUUUUCAAAGCAAAAUCAGCUUGUUGUCCACAAGAAGCCCAAAUUCUUUGCGGGGAGAAGGGAGGGGUUGGGUUUUGUCCUUCAUCACUGUCAGGUGUUAGCUUCAAAGGACUGAAUGUAUGCUUGCUCCUCACUGCCUUCCCUCCCAGCUGCUUGCUGCUAUAUUUUAUGUGACAGCCUGUAUCUGAUCUAAAGCAGAAAAAGUUAAAAUACUGAAUAUGCAAUACUGGGGAGGAGAGAGGAGAACCAACCUGUCAUCCAGAUAGCACAGGCAUUUCAGCCCCAGAUGUUCAACUUAAGGUGAUGGAGCUACAGAAGAAGUGUGCUACUUAAACUGUCUGUUGUGAAAUACUAAGUGCUUUCAGGAUGGAAAUUAGGCAGUAACUAAAACUGACUUGCCUAACAUAUUUGGAGAGAAAGCAAUGUGUUAUUAAUCAGUAUUUUGAAAUUAAGUGAAAAGAAUGUAAUUCUGUGGUUAGAAAUCAUACAGCAAGGGAGGACGGUUUUACAGUUCUAAUCUUAUCUUGCUGAUUCUGCAUGUUCAGCAGUGCAUGCCUCUAGGACAGUUAAAACGUUUCUCUACUACCUAACAUACAGCUGUUCUUGUAAAUGAGUUCUUAGUGGAGAAAAAAGCCUUAAGUUAGAUCUGCCUGUGGAAAAUCCAUUAUGCAAACUGAUGAGAGUUUUAUCCUGCAUCUGUGUGCACUUCUAGAGUGAACUAUGUCAGGAUGCAGAGCGCCCAUUGCAUGAAUUGUGGUGGAAUGCUCAUUCUAGAAACUAGAAUAAUACAAAUAUGGAUAGAGUAAUUUGCCAGCCCAAAUCCCUGUUGCUGUGUUCUGGUUCACAGCUAAAGUUGGAAGGUCAUCCUGUGAAAUGAUUCACAGGUUUAGAGGAGGAAAUUAAUUUAUCAACAUGGCUGGAUCUUUACAUGGCUUGUGGGAUUGGAGUUACAUUCAUGAUUAUGAACAGGUGUGUUGCAGAGGAAAGAAUUUCAGGAUUAUGAAAUGUACCAUUCAGAUGUGUAUUGGAAAAGCCACCUUGAUUUAAUAGGUGAGCACUUCCUCCCAAACAAAAGGUUCUGUAAGGGCUUUUCUUUGUAACUGGAGCAAGAACACUUAUUUUGAAAUAUAUUUCAUCUCUCUCUCUCUCCCCCAAGGGAUCUGUGUCUUAUCUUGUAGAGAGGAAAGUUAUUUCACAAAUGCUCCUCUUCUUAACAAUGCCAAAGUAAUCGUAGUUGGACAUUUCUAGGGCAGUGCAAAUCAAUGGUUCCUUGCUUGCAGUUGUCCUUACCGUGUAUGUUUUUAUAUUUUCUCAAUUAUAAGAAUGUAUAUUUUGUAUAGCAUGUGUAAUAUGUUUGUCUACUGUAAUAUGUCUACAGUCAAUAAAAUUACACACAGUCAA